AUGAUUAUUAUUGAUGUAGGCAUGUCCAACGGCACUCUACCACAAUGGAAGCGCGAGCUGCUGCAGCGUCGUGCGGCCCGGGCCCGGCCUCCCCUGGCGCCGGUCCCUCCCCCUCCCCCGCCGCCCGCCCCGCCCGCCGCAGACGACGACGAGGAGCUCCGCUACGGGCCCGGCAUCGUGAAGCGUCUCAAGUCCAGAUACCUCAGCCUCGCCCUCCGAGAGGCGCCGCGCCGACGACCCUCCGUCCUGCGCCGCGCCGCGUCCCUCGAGCACCUCCUGGACGAGCGCCCCCCGCCCGCGCCCCGCCACCACGCCCGCCCCGCGCGCCCCCUCUCUAUGGCGGCACCCUCCUCCGGCCCGCACGCCGCCCCCGUCCCGCGCCGUGAGUCCGUGAAGCGCGCGCGCUCCGUGGAUGCCCUGAGCCGCCUCGACUCCCGGGACGAGUCUCCUCACGUACAGCUCCAGCCGCCUCCCCGGCCGCCGCCGCCGCCCCCCUCCCCGCCGCCCCUCACGCCGCGGACCACCCGACCUCCCCGCCGCCCGACGCCCCUGCUCCGGGAGGCCGAGCGUCCCCCCGCAGACCUGGUCCGGUCGACCCUGCGAAAGUUCGAGUCCGCUCCUCCGCGCCGCACGGCCCCGGCGGCCCGGGUGUCCGCCGUGCUGCGGGGCCUCGAGUCCCUGCCGCGCAGCUCGACCCCGGAGCCCCGCGGACGGUCACCGAGCCCGGCCGCCACGGACCUGUCCGCCAUAGACGAGCCGGAGACGGUGACCACGCCCGUCCCCAGCGAGAGCAAGCAGGUGUCCAAGCGGGCUCUGGAGGGCAUCGCGCGGGCGGGCUCCUCCGUGCUGUACUCGUUCACGUCGGGAGGCACCGGCUCACACCUGCCGCCGCUCGCCGCCUGCAACACGGUGCUUGUGGGUCGAGCGAGGAGAGUGGGAGUCAUCAGGCCCAUGCCGGCUCACACCCUGGAGCAGCCGGCCGAGGACGAGACCGACGAUAAGAUGGAGGACGUGCGGCUCGUGACGACACCGCCGCCCGCAGAGGACGACUCACAGAACAAGGAGCGGACCACCCCCGCCCACCACGACCAUCCACCGACCACACACUCUGAGGAACGUGUCCCGACGACCCCCGACCCCGCCCCGCACGACGAGAAGCCUGCCGCGGCCCCGCAGACAGAGACGCCAAAGAUACCGCCGCUGAAACCGACCAUGAACGGACACGCGACCUCCGCCAGGAACGAUGAACCCAGAGCAGAGAGAUCCUUCUCGAAGAUAGGAGCGGCGGGGAUAGAGCGAGCCUGGACCGGCGACCACGACCACAAACAGAAAGGAAGUGGAGACGUGAAGAGUCCGUGGGGCGCGGCGAGGACCCCGCGACCAGCCGCGCCCGCCGCCACCUCCGUGGUGUUCAACUUCUCCAACAGGAAGGAGGUCCCGGACUACGUGGAGAACGACGGCACCAUCAGGAGAGUCAACAGGAGGAACAUGUUCAAGGCGGGCGAGGCGGGCGUGGUGGUGCUGAGGCCCGAGGCCCUGGAGCCGGGCUCGGAGGAGGAGGAGGAGCUGCGGCCCGCGUCCCCGCCCUCCCCGGUCACAGUGAGGUUCGUUAACGACAACGUGCUCAUCAACGGACGGUCCUCCAUCGCCUCGCGACCACCCAACCUCAGCAGGACACUCAAGUUGAAGCUGCAGUUCGACGACUCCCUCACACGCACCUUCGAGUACCCCUCGGAGACCUCCCUGACGGAGGACGGACCCGCACACCCCGCAACCCCCGCCGCCCCCUCCUCGCCCGGGACACUCGCCGCCAACACACACAUAGGUAACUUACACACACACACAGUUAUAAUGACUGUCGACACACAUGUGCCUCAGUCUCGUCCGUGA